GAUCUCAGGGGGACGUUUGUCGUCUACAAAGACGGCGACAUGAACCACCCGAUGGUCAGAGAGAGAAUCUGGCAAAACAGUGACUUCAACUUUGACAACGUGCUGAACGGCAUGUUGGCUCUGUUCACCGUGUCAACGUUUGAGGGUUGGCCACAGCUCCUCUACCGUGCCGUCGACGCCAACGCCAUAAACCGCGGUCCCAUUUACAACUACAGGGUGGAGAUCUCCAUCUUCUUCAUCAUCUACAUCAUCAUCAUCGCCUUCUUCAUGAUGAACAUUUUCGUGGGUUUUGUCAUCAUCACGUUUCGAGAACAGGGAGAGGCCGAGUUCAAGAACUGUGAGCUGAACAAAAAUCAGCGCCAGUGUGUGUACUACGCUCUGAAAGCCCAACCUAUAAAAAUUUACAUCCCCAAAAACCCAUCGCAGCUCAAGUUCUGGAGAAUAAUCAACUCCAGUCAGUUUGAAUACAUCAUGUUUGUGCUGAUCCUGGGGAACACGCUGACUCUGGCCAUCCAGCAUUACGAACAGUCCAAACUCUUCACCUCCGUCAUGGACAUCCUCAACAUGAUCUUCACCGUGGUCUUCACCAUCGAGAUGAUCAUUAAACUCUUGGCUCUGCGCGCUCACCAUUACUUUAUUGAUCCAUGGAAUUCCUUUGAUGCACUGAUUGUGGUGGGGAGCGUUCUGGACAUAGCAGUGUCAGAGUUCAGUGUAAGUUUGUUUCUCUGGGCAACUGAAGCCCGUUACUAUCCGGCGUUCACCCCUGGACCAGAGACAGAGACAGAGACACAUCUUGGCUCCUCGUCUCUCCUUGAACAAAUCAGACCACAGAGGCUAAUAAAAAAACUUGCCUCCUCAGACGAGGGGGUACCAGAGGGGGGAGGAACUCUCCCCCGUCUCCACACCAUCCAAAGCAAACUUGUACUGUCUGUGGUCUACAGACUGUCUGUGGUCUACAGCCUGUCUGUGGUCUACAGACUCUCUGCGGUCUACAGACUCUCUGUGGUCUACAGACUGUCUGUGGUCUACAGCCUGUCUGUGGUCUACAGACUCUCUGCGGUCUACAGACUCUCUGUGGUCUACAGACUGUCUGUGGUCUACAGACUGUCUGUGGUCUACAGCCUGUCUGUGGUCUACAGACUCUCUGCGGUCUACAGACUCUCUGUGGUCUACAGACUCUGGACCUGA